ACUGUCUCUCCAUCGGGUCAGGGUGGUAGACCUGAGUCUCCUGUCUACUCUAACCUUCAGGAGCUGAAGAUCUCUGGGUCCAGCCUACCCCCCGCCCCCUCCAGCUCCCCACUGCAUGUCCUGGGGGACUGGGAGACCCACAAGGUCUGUACUGUCACUGUGUCAUGUAUUGCAACUUACGUAUCAUCUAAGAUGCCUCCCAAAUGGUACCCCUAUUUAAUGCACUACUUUUCACAGUUGCCCAUCUAUAUAGGGAAUAGGGUGCCAUUUGGGAUGCAACCUAUAUCGUGUUGCCUGGCCUAUGUUUGUUUGUCAUUUUACUGCUUUUAACCAUGAGCUGAAGACAAAUGUCCAUUUUAGGAAAUAUUUUAAUGGACAAUUCAAGAUUUUCUAUUAAAUUCCAUUCCAAGGACCAGAACGGCAGACACUACUACUUCAACCGCGCCACCCAGGAGCGGACAUGGAAGCCCCCCCGAGCCAGGGAUGCUAGCAGUGGUAGCAGCACCCGGGGGGAGACUCACAGCAACAGCACUGGGGAGGCAGAGGUAUGUAGAUACUGGGACAUAUACUGUAUACUGGAAACACACACUUACUCAAACACGCAUGCAGGCACAGACACAAGCAAAUGCAAACACAUGCAUGAACACUAA